AUGUCGAAGAAUGGAACCAUGACAUCCAACAUCACCAACCCUGCGCUGUCUCUGUUGUCCCAGCAACAGAUUGCUCAAAACCAGCUGCAACUGAGACAGCUUUCACAGCAGCAGCAGAAACAGUUUCAGCAACAACAGCAGACAAAAUCUUUCACUUCCCAGAGAUCGCAAGAAAUUUUAAACAACCUCAGAAUCGCUUCAACUUCUGAGAGUAACCCAAAAUCGAAAGAGCACAAAGACCCAAGGGACCCGCUGUCAAUACUCAUACCAGUGAACGCCGAUCCUACAGAUGUGCUCGCUGCUAGAUUCUCCUCUUGGAGGGCAAUUAUCAGGUCGUUAUUGGUAUACUUCAGAGAAAUUGUCUCAGUGCAUGAUGAAAUAGUCAGACAACAGAUAAGACUACAGCAUGCCAUCACAUUCCCAUUCCCUGCCAAAGACCUGGAUGGCGAACUCUAUCAGCCAUUACCGGUCUCCUCUCAAAAUGGAGCUGCCGGAAAAGCCAAUGAGGAAUUCCAAAUGGCCCAGAAGUUCUUCUUGCCCUUGGGAAAUGGAUCCGUCCAGGAUUUACCGUCAGUGCUGUUGCAGUUCCACGGCUCCAGUGCGCUGAAUGCUCAAUCAACCUCCAAGGAGUUAUCACAGAAUAUCAUCCCAAGACUAGAAGACUUAAGGAGAGAUUUGUUAGUCAAGAUCAAAGAAAUUAAGAGCCUGCAGUCUGACUUCAAGACAACGGUGGGCAGAGAGCAACAGUUGACAAAACAGGAUCUCAGCCUGUUCUAUUCGUCUGUUGGAUUGGCCAAGUCAAAUCCUUCUGAGUUGUUACCCAAGAAUGACCCUUAUUUACUGAAACAGCAACUAGAUAGACAGAUCAAGAAGCAACUCACGGAGGAGAAUUUCUUGCACGAUGCAUUCAAUAAUUUGCAGGGUUCAGGGAAGGAGCUGGAAAAGGUUGUAUUCAUGGAAGUGCAAUCGGCCCUCACUGUUUAUGCUAGACUGUUGGGCCAAGAAGCCCAGGCUGUGUUUGAAAACCUGGUCACAAAACUGGACAGUGGGAUCCUAACCAAGGAACCUCAGUUCGAGUGGGAAGCCUUCGUGUCUAAAGACCCCAACUUUGUUGAUCCAAACCUGCCUAUGAGAAAGCAUACUGAUAUUGUUUACAAAAACCAGUUUGACUCCUUGACAUUGGAAGUGCGUUCUGGAUAUCUGGAGCGUAAAUCCAAGUAUCUCAAGUCAUACUCAAAAGGGUUCUAUGUCUUGACCCCAACGUUUCUUCACGAGUUCAAGUCCCCAGAUUUGAAAAAGGAUCCCGUUCCAGUUAUGUCGCUCAGUCUUAACGAUUGCUCUAUUGGGGAACAUUCCAGGAAAGACACAAAAAACCCAAACACAUGGCACAAGUUCGUGCUCCAAGCGCAACAGAACGGUAUCAUGCAUAGGGCACACAACUGGGUUUUUAGAGCUGAAUCUUACGACCUGAUGAUGGCCUGGUAUUCAGAUCUGAAGAAACUGACUGCUUUGCCAACGCCACAGGCUCGGGCAAAUAUCGCAGCGGAGAGAAAGAAGCAGCAGUCUUUGCUAAGCUCUUCGGAUAAGAGGAAGACCCAACUAUCGGUGAUUACCGGUGAAGACAUCACUUCAGGUGCCGCUUCUAUGAGAUCUAGAAACUCCAUGACCGCAGAUACCCUGCUGUCUAUUCCAAAAGAUAACCCCGAUGUUCCUUAUUUAUCUGAUGCUCCUCGUGAAGUGGUGGAUGAUGCUGCUGAUUCCGUCAAUGCAUCUACUACAAACGUUCCAUCUGCGGAGACAUCUCAGUUGUGA